UAGAGGUUAUGCAGACAUGAAUAGCAUAGCAGCUAGGCCACGAGCCUCUUCUUACAGUUUACACUGCACCCUUUCCCUAGUUAUUGAGCAACGUUUGUCUCUUUGACAGCGCGGCUUUCUGCCACGUAUCUGCGGGAGUGAAUGAGCGACAGCGACGCCGGGCGGGAAACCCGACCUGCCGCCGAACAGAGCCACCAGCCGGUCCCGCUCGACUGCUGUGGAGGUCUGAACAACCUCGACUAUUCCGAGAUGGACUUGAUGCCGAUUGAAGAAUUCAUCAGACACAUUAAUUUUCAUGACCCAAACCUUUCCAUCGCAGUGAUUGCCAUCAUAUUCAACCCUCUCUUCUGGAAUGUGGUGGCCCGAUGGGAGCAUCGUACUCGGGGACUCUCCAGGCUCUUUGGUGGCCCCUACGUGGCUUGUUGCGCUCUGGGACUCGUCAUCAUUCUGCUCAACGUUUUCCGGAGCCACAGUAUGACAGUGGUGAUGAAGACCCAGGCCAGAUGGGAGCUGAUGGAGCGGACGGAUGUUUUCUACGUCGGGAUCGCCUUAAUAGUGAUGGGAACGGUUCUGGUGGUCAGCAGUUUUCUCGCUCUGGGCUUCACUGGGACGUUUUUAGGCGACUACUUUGGCAUACUGAUGGAUGAGAAGGUGACUGGUUUCCCCUUCAGCAUCUUCGAGAACCCGAUGUACUGGGGCAGCACAGCCAACUACCUCGGCUUCGCGCUCAUUGGUGCCAGUCCUGUUGGGUUAGUCCUUACUGCCAUAGUGGCCCUGGCUUACAAAGUAGCCAUAAGAUUCGAAGGACCAUUCACGGAGCAGAUCUAUCUGCAGAGAAAUCAGCGCCGCAAACACGACUGAUCGCAUCCCUCACCUGCUGGUGUGGCGACUGAGGACUCCGAUCCGGGCGCAUGAAUGGACGCACACCGGCUGCACACCGGCUGCACACCGGCUGCGGUCGUCAAUGAAUUUCGGAGACACAUUGUCAGUAGUUCAUGGAAUAAAAGAACAAUGUUCAUUUUACUCAAACAUGUAUCUAUAACACGUAAAAGCAGAGAAACUGAUCAUCUUAAGUGGUUUCUUAAUUUUUUUUUCCAGAGCUGUGUUUAUUAAAAUAAUCAGUAUGUUGUGACAGUAUGAUAUAGGACAGAUGAUCUGUUUUUUCACAGAUGAUGUGUGUCGUGUUAUAUGACGUAGUGUAACAGCAUGGUGACAGUUGAAACAAAU